GGUUACACUUUUGUCCUGCAGCCCUUGUGUUGCAUCUCGGCCAAAUCCAUGCGGUUUAUUUGGAACAACAUUUUCAGCAAAGGAUCGCAUAUGCUGCAGUGUCUUUGUGGCAGGAGCCUCAAGAAAAACAAGAACCCAACUGAACCACAGCUGAAGGGCAUAGUGACCAGGUUGUUCUGCAGGCAGGGCUUCUAUCUCCAGAUGGGCCAGGAUGGAAGUAUGGAUGGGACCAAAGACGACAGCACCAACUCCUCUCUGUUUAACUUAAUUCCUGUGGGUCUGAGAGUCGUGGCCAUCCAAUCAGUCAAGACUGGCCUCUACAUCGCCAUGAAUGGAGAGGGUCACCUCUACUCCUCGGAACUGUUUACAGCGGAGUGUAAGUUUAAGGAGUCGGUGUUUGAGAACUACUAUGUGAUCUACAGCUCGAUGCUCUACAGACAGAAGGAGUCGGGUCGAGCCUGGUUUCUGGGCCUCAAUAAAGAAGGACAGGCCAUGAAGGGCAACAGGGUCAAAAAGACUAAACCAGCUGCACACUUCCUGCCUAAACCUAUAGAAGUUGCGAUGUACCGAGAGCCUUCGUUGCAUGACGUAGGGGAGGCGGUGCCUAAACUCGCCGGGGGCCCGCCUUCCAAAAGCACAACCAGCGAACCAGUGGUCAUGAAUGGCGGCAAGCCAGUCAACAAACCCGACAAAGACGAAACAUAA